GCCAGGUUGUCAAACCUUUCAUUUUUUAUUGAAUAUUAAUUGCUACACAAUUUUUCUAGCUAAUUAUGAUUAAUUGUGUGGAAACAUAACUGCCCACAAAUUCAGUUAAGUUUAAAGUCGAUUUAUUUAUGAGAACCAUAUCAAACUAAUCGCUGCUGUUUGGCUCCGAAGUGAACGUAACCUCAAAAAAUAAGACGCUGUCAUUUCAAUAAAACAUUUGAUAUCUUCAUGGUAAAUAUGGUUUUUUGAAAUCUGAAAUUACUAAGAUGUGGCCCCUACUUCUGGAUAUGACAAAAGAAGAAUCCGUCCAAAAUCUCAGAAACCUGGAAUUGGAGGCUUACUCUCACCUUGUCUCCGCCCUAAGGGCACAGGGGCCGUUGAACUCAGAUAAGCGAAAACUGCUGAAGGAAACGGGCAUCGCCUUGAACAUAACUCAGGAAAGGCACAAGGCAGAAGUUAGGAGAGCCAUCAGUGAUGAAAAGUUAAACACAAUUGCAUAUCAUGUAACCGGUCACACCGAAUCCCUGGAGGAUUGGGCGCAAGAGGGCCGCCGUCUAGUACCCCUCCUACCUAGAACUGCCCCACAGACUGCUUUCUCGGCGCUGGCUGACGAGACCGCCGAGGUUGCAUCCCAAAGUAAUAAACAGUUACCGUCACCUUCAAAUACUGAGAGAAAAAGACAAACUGUCGCACAGUUAACCGGUGUGAUGCCCGAAACUAGUAAAACUUCAUCUUUUCGAAUUCCAGAUCCGCCUAAGGUGGAGGACAGUAAAAAGAGGAAGCUCUGUCCGGAGAACAGUAGUUUAGCGCAGCACCUUUUGGCCCCAAAAGUUUGUAGAAUACAGCAGCUAUACAGACAGCGGUCGUCGAAGACAAAAACGAAGGACCUGCACAAGAAACCGGACCAAGAUCAGCUGGAACUGAUCCAACAGCAGCACCGGGUCAUGCAACAGGUCCCCCAACCUGUCCAACAUCAAACCACGAUCUGCCCGCUUCCGCAACAACCUCUGAUCAGCCAGAAAGUGAACGUACUCCAAAACAUCAGCCUGCAAUCCCCCAAGGAGGAACCUCUAGACCAGGAGGAGGUGAACGCUAACAUAAAGCUGCCAGAACAAGUUCCCAACAUACCGGUGUGCGCGAACGAGAAUCAAGCCCCGCGACCCAAGCUGAUCACGAAUAUAAAGCCGAACACCAACAUCACGAUCAAGCAAACGUCGGCUCAGCCUCCCGGACCGAGCACCGAAAUGCAAAAGUCUAUAAAGAUGUGCUCCGCCAAGAAACCCGUCACGAAAACCGUCAACUCGGGGCAGAAGUUGAUCGUGGUUUCCAAUGCCCAGACCAUCCCGACUAACAGCAUCCUGCAGAGGACGUUACAGAUACCGUUUGUGAAAAACGUCUCCAUCAAGAAUUUUGAGAAGUUCAAGAUCGUCACCAGCAAUUCGGUCCCGACGAACAUCCAAGUCGCUAACACCACCAAUUCCGGGGUGAAUUCCGUGAAGCACAAAGUUGUUACGGUGAAAACCAAUCCCACCACGAAAAAAGUGAUCCCUUUUUCGCAGCUGCAGGUGUUGAAUUCGAAGGGUAGCAUCAAGGUGUUACCGUUGGGCGGGAAGAUAGUGGGGAAGACCAUGUCGGCAUCGUCUUCUCCUCUUUACAUAAUGAACACGGUCGGAGCUUCUCAGCCAUUCUCUAAAAGCAAUUCUAAUUCCCAAGCAAUCGCGACCGCCAAAGUUCAGGUCGGGGUGAGUGAGGACGCUUGCCCCGCAAUUCUGGAGAACGGCGGCGAGGCCGUGGAUAGGGUUAGCAGGGAAAACGGUAAAUCGUCGGUGUUGGCGGACAUUUUGAAGGCUUCCGGCGUGAUUUCCGACGACGGAGCCGAGGAUUACGAUACGAAAAUCGAGGAGUUCCAUAUUCCGCAGAAUAAGACGCGUGAUGUUGGGCCGGAGUGCGUGGGGAUCGAGGCGGUGGCCGGUGAGGAGGAAGUCAGUGUUAAAACUGAGCCGGGGCAGGAUUACGGAUAUGCGGUUUUGCCUGUGCAGGUGCCCAAGGAGGAACAGAAUGAUUUUAUUAAAACGGAACUGUACGACGGCAAAGACGACCCGGUCUCAAACGAACUGAUAGAGCCAGAGACUUUGCCGAAUCAACUGGAAGAACUGAAGGUGGAGACGGAGGAAGAGGACGCCUCGACCGAGGAGGCGCCGCGAGUGAUAGUGCAAUCGGAAGUUUCGAAACCGAGUGAUAUUAAUGAAUCCAACUGAUAUUUAUUUAUUUUCUAGCCCAAUGUGUAUAAUUUGUAAGAUUUUUUGUAAAUUUUUGUACGUUCUUGAUCUGGAGAUGAUUCGUUAUGGUUUGGAGAGUUUUAAAAUAAAUCAGAACUGGUUUUUACGAUGUACAUUGUAGAAAUAUUUUUAAACAAGUCUUGCUCAAAAGAUAUUGAUAUUUUAUUUGUGUUGGAAGGUUCAUG